ACAAGUUAAAGUUCUUAAUGGACCAGGCUCAAGAUUUUGCCAUUUCACACGGAAUCACUAUUCGUAAUAAAGAGAAUCCACUAACUGCUGAUAAGGCCCAGAUUGCUCCAUAUUUGCUGUUGCCUUCCCCUAUGAUAAGAAAAAGGUUCAUGGAAGCUGUAAAAGUUCAGAAAGAUUUCAACGAGCUUUAUCAUAAAGUAGCUCAUGAUUACAACUUUCUACGGGAUGCCUUAAAAAGUGCAAUAGAAGUUGAUAGUUUCACCAAAGGAUUAUGGGACAUUUAUGAAACUGUGAGGAAUGAAGGAAUCGCACAGCCGAUAAGUUUUGGACUUGCGAGGUCCGACUAUAUGGUUGACUAUGAUCCAGAAUCCACUCAAAGCAUUAUGGGUAAUGGAGCAGACGUGAAUUGUGGUCCAAAUGAUUCAAAUACAAGGCUUCGUCAGGUUGAAUAUAAUACCAUAGCUUCAAGUUUUGCAGGACUUGAUACACAAGUAGCAAAAUUACACAGGUACCUCGCCAGUGAGAUGGAACUUGAAGGAGUAACAGAUAAACUCCUAGAAACCAACCCUGUAGGUGGACUAGCCAGUGGUAUAGUCAAGGCCUGGCAGUUAUAUGGCAAUGAAAAAGCAGCAGUAGUCUUCGUACUGAAUGCUUCAGAACGCAAUGUGUACGACCAGAGGUGGUUGGAAUAUGCAAUAUACGAACAGAAUAGCAGAAUUAGGGUAUUACGCUGCACCAUACAAGAUAUGAGAGAGGCAAUACUCACUGAAGAUAAGAAAUUGAUUAUAAAAGAGAAAGAAGUUGGUGUUGUUUACUUUAGAUCUCUUUACUCUCCAGACAGCUUCACAUCAGACGAGGAUUGGGAGACUAGGUUAAAAAUUGAGCGUUCAAUGGCAAUAAAAUGCCCAAACAUCAACCUUCACCUCUCAGGGGCCAAGAAGAUCCAGCAAGAAGUAACCAAACCAGGCAUAGUCGAGAGAUAUAUCAAAGAUCCUCAAGCUGUUCAGAGAAUUCGAGCUACAUUUGCACAACAAUUCAGCCUAGAACAGAAUGAGGAAGGUGACAAUGCUGUACGACUUGGCAUAGAAAAAUCAGACAGAUUUGUUUUGAAACCCCAACGUGAGGGUGGAGGUAACAAUUUAUUUGGAGAUGACAUCAAAGACUUGCUAUCCAAGAUUAAAGAUUCAAAUGAAAGGACGCAGUAUAUUUUAAUGGAAAAAAUUAGACCACCAGUGUUUAAAAACUAUGCAGUGCGAGCAGACGAAUCAGUUGCAUUAUGGGAUAUGGUCAGUGAAUUGGGAAUAUAUGGAGUAAUAAUAGGGACUUCUGAUGGCAUUAUCAUGAACACAGAAUGUGGGCACCUGGUACGGACUAAAACUCUGGGUACGAAUGAAGGAGGUGUGGCUGCUGGCUUUGCAGCUUUAGACAGUCCAUAUCUUGUGUAAUUGCUGGAGAAUUAGCCAAUUGAUAAAUUGAAUAAAUAUGGCCUUUCAUUUACAAUUUACAUCAUUUUGGAGAAAUCGACUUUUUUGUUGCCAAGAUAUCAAAUUUUUGGGAAUAUACGUACUACAUGUAUAAGUCAUCCUUCACUUUCCCUUGAAAGCCCAUGGUAUCUUGAAUCAGAAAAUAGUAAUACAGUAUUUAUAUUUGUAUCAAUUAUUGAUAUAGUAUUUUGAUCAUGUAUGUGCAAGUUAUCUAAACUCCAAUCACAGUGCAAUCAAUAUUAUAUGUUUGUAAGGACUUAUGUGUAGAUAUAGACGUUCUUAUAUGAGUACCUGUGCAAGAUCAUCCAUUCUUGAUGAGCUU